UCAAGCACCUGUGUUAAAAUUUUGUUGCUAAAUAAAUAAUAAUUGUUUGUUACAAAUUAUUUCUGAUCACAAAUAACAAAACCUAAUUAAACAUGAGCUGUUUUGAUAAUUUAACCAUGCCAAGCUGUGUUUGGUUUGAAAGUGGAGAAAAACGCAACAUCCUAGCAUCGAUAUUUGCUGGACUUUUGUUUUUCAGUGGUUGGUGGUUUAUAAUUGAUGCCGCCUCCAUAUACCCAUCAGACCUACCAAAUGCAGCUCAUGUAUGUGGUGUCAUGGCGACCCUGUCUUUAAUCAUGGUGAAUUCUGUAUCUAAUGCUCAGGUCCGUGGAGAAACUUACACGGGUGGCUGCAUGGGGCCUCGAGGUGCUCGGCUCUGGCUUUUCCUAGGUUUUGUCUUAGGCUUUGCCUCACUCAUAGCUGCUUGUUGGAUUCUGUUCGCUAACUAUGUUAAUGCAGGAAGCUCAAAACCAUCAUGGCCGGGAGUGAGUCUGUUCAUGCAAAAUGCAUUCAUAUUUGCUGGUUCAUUAGUGUUCAAAUUUGGACGUACUGAAGAUGUGUGGGGCUAAUCGUUCCACAAGGAGUAAUUUAAAUAUAUUAUCCUUUAUUUUUUAA